AUGGCAUGGUGCAAUGACUCAAAUAAUCAAGAUAGAGGCAUUGGACUAAUCACAUCGAAUCAAAGUACUCUUAUGACUGAUGAAACAAAAUCAACCCAAAUUCAAACCUUAACUUGUCCCUCAUGUGGCCAUAACAUUGAAUUCCAAGAUCAGGGUGGAAUCAAUGAUUUGCCUGGAUUACCAGCGGGAGUGAAGUUCGAUCCGAAUGAUCAAGAGAUACUGCAUCAUUUGGAAGCAAAGAUUAUGUUUGAUGUGCCCAAACUCCAUCCUCUUAUUGAUGAGUUCAUACCAACACUUGAAGGCGAAAACGGAAUCUGUUACACCCAUCCAGAAAAGUUACCAGGUGUAAGAAAAGAUGGACAGAUUAGACAUUUCUUUCACAGGCCAUCAAAAGCAUACACAACAGGCACAAGGAAAAGAAGAAAGGUCCAAACAGAUGAAGAAGGAAGUGAGACAAGAUGGCACAAAACAGGAAAAACUAGACCAGUUUUCAUCGGUGGUGUUACCAAAGGAUUCAAAAAGAUACUAGUACUGUACACUAACUAUGGAAGGCAAAAGAAGCCUGAGAAGACUAAUUGGGUGAUGCAUCAAUAUCAUCUUGGUAGUAAUGAAGAAGAGAAAGAUGGUGAGCUAGUUGUUUCAAAGGUGUUUUACCAAACUCAACCUCGACAGUGUGGUGCUAAUAAUAGUUCCAAUAUUAUUAUAAAGGAUGCUUAUGAAAAUAGACUGAUGAUGACUCAAGGAAAUGUCCAAGAUGAUAAUGAAGCUCCUACUAUGGAUUACUACAAUUCUCCUUUCAUAAACUAUGACCAUGUUGGUCAUAAUUUGGAACCACAACUUAUUCCAAACUUGGUUAUGCAAGGUGAUGGUUCUUCUUAUAUUCGAUUAGCAAUGGAUGCAAACAAAGCAAGGUUGGACAGAAAGUAG